CUGUCCGGACUUCCGGUGGAAAGCUCCUACAACUUUCUGCAAGGGACCUUACAUGAGAGCUCGCUGACAUGACAAGGCUUCAGUCGUGAUGCAUUGACAUGGAUUGAUGCUUUGGUGGUCCCAAUUCUAGUACUAUAGGAUGUCCUGGAGAGGUAUAGCUGAUCGAUAUGACCCACUCAAGGCUGGGAGUAUCGAUGGCACUGACACAGAGCCACAUGACAAUGGUAUUGUCAGGGCUAUGAAUGCUAAGUACAAACCCAACAAGUCAGUUGAUGGGGACCCACACAGGACAAUAUUCGUGUCUGGUCUGGACAGACAGACUGAGGAAGAUACAUUAUGGACUGCAUUUCGAGAUUUUGGAAAAAUAAAAAAAUGUAGAUUAGUACGAGAUAUUGUAACGGGGUAUUCCAAAGGGUAUGGCUUCGUAGAGUUUGAAAAUGAAAAGGAUGCCCGUGCAGCAUGUAACCAUGGAAACAAGAUGACCGUAGAUAAUAGAGAGGUGUUUGUGGAUUUUGAAUGUGAACGGAACAUGACCGGAUGGGUUCCACGUAGACUUGGAGGUGGAAUUGGGGGAAAUAGAAAAUCCGGACAGCUGAGGUUUGGUGGUAAGGAUAGACCAUUCAUCCAGCCUAUCAUUCCUGUUGUUUAUAAAGGUGUACAGAGAUCAGAAGAUAUGGAAGGCUCAUGGAAGGAGCAGAAAUUGGAGAGAGAUCAUUAUAGGGGAAAUAGAGAUAGAUUUGAUAAAAAUUGUGAUUGGAGUAGGGAAGUAGAUAGGGAUAGACUGAACUGUGAUGAGAGGAGGUAUAGAGAUGACAAAGGCAGGGACUACAGGGCCAGGGAUGGGGACUACCGUCGAGAGAGGAGGAGGCCGAGAGAGAGAAGUCGAAGCAGAGACCGAGAGAGACCAGGAAGAUCAAGUCCAGGCCAGGGAGGCGAGGAACAGAGAGGUGCACGUACAGACAGGGUUGUUGUAAAGAUUGAACAAGACACAUGACAGAUACAUGUCACAUUGGGAAGCACAUGCCAUUAACAUAUGGCGUACCUGUGCACAUGUUUGUGCUUUCCAUAACCCGUAUUUCCAUUCACUGUUUGAUUUAUUAGGACUUUUGUGCAAGAAGACAAGGAACUUAUAUGUGAAGGUGGAUCCCAGCAGUUGCAAGGUAUCCUUGGACUCGAAGCUCCUUUCCUGGGCCCCUUCCACAAAGCAAUCUUAGCCCUAAGACUGCCGUAAGUCUAUGCUAAAGUAUGGGAGUUACGAUUGUCUUAGCGCUACGAUUGCUUUGUGGAACAGGACCCAGGCUGCGGAGAUAGGACCCUUAACGUGGUUAAACAUGGCCACAAGUUACUUCAAUGCCCAUGGAGAUUCUGGGUAAGAAUAUAGGUCCCCAGCAACUUGUGCUUGUCGUAAGAGGUGACUUAAUGGAUCAGGGGUUCAUGUUAGGUUACUUGGUUUAUUGCAUAUCAUUGUAUCCUAUAUUGUAUGGAUCAAUGCUUGUGAUGUCAAUUACUGGGUUGUCUUUUCAGAGUCAGUAAUUUUCAGACCCCAGUCAUAUUGCUGGGACAUUGCUGACUGCAGAGUUAAACAACAACAAAAAAACGCUAACAAAAAGCAAUAAUUAGUCCGAGACUUAGUGGAAAUCUAGAAGUACUGGAUGUAUUUUCCCAACAUCUUGUUUCUUCCAUUGACCAUGAGUCCGAAGUGUGCUGUUGACUGGCUAGUUAUGACCAAAGGUGUCACUUCUGAAGAAGACUUGUUUUAUCAACAUGUGGAUAUAUUAUGAAUUGUGCAAAUACAAUAUUCAAUAUGUGAUUCAAAUCAUGUCUCUGUGAGAAAGGAUGGUUUAACAAGUGGUUUAUUAAAAUGUAACCACUUUUGUUCAUUCUUCUUGUUCCAAUGAAUUUUUUAAAGAGUUAAACAGUCAGCAGUCUAGUAUACGAGACAAGUGAAAUGUUGCAAUUACUAGUUUCUCCCAAAAAGCGUUACAACUAUUCUGUAUUGGAAUGUUGCAAUUACUAGUUUCUCUCAAAUAGCGUUACAACUAUUCUGUAUUGGAAUGUUGCAAUUACUAGUUUCUCCCAAAUAGUGUUACAACUAUUCUGUAUUGAAAUGUUGCAAUUACUAGUUUCUCCCAAAUAGUGUUACAACUAUUCUGUAUUGGAAUGUUGCAAUUACUAGUUUCUCCCAAAUAGCGUUACAACUAUUCUGUAUUGGAAUGUUGCAAUUACUAGUUUCUCCCAAAUAGUGUUAAACUAUUCUGUAUUGGAAUGUUGCAAUUACUAGUUUCUCCCAAAUAGUGUUACAACUAUUCUGUAUUGAAAUGUUGCAACUACGAGUUUCUCCCAAAUAGCGUUACAACUAUUCUGUAUUGAAAUGUUGCAAUUACUAGUUUCUCCCAAAUAGUGUUACAACUAUUCUGUAUUGGAAUGUUGCAAUUACUAGUUUCUCCCAAAUAGCGUUACAACUAUUCUGCAUUGAAAUGUUGCAGUACAAGCUUCUCCCAAAUAGUGUUACAACUAUUCUGCAUUGAAAUGUUGCAGUACAAGCUUCUCCCAAAUAGCGUUACAACUAAAGUGAAAUGUUGCAAGUCCUUGUUUCCAUCAAAUAGUGUUACAAAUAUUCUAGUUUCUCCUAAAUAGUGGGAAUCAGACUCUUCGGACAACUAUUCUGUAUUGAAAUGUGGACCAGCCACAUUUAACUUGGAAGAUGGAAGUGGCUGUAUCUGUUUGGGUACUAAUGUAAUAUUUUCAUUUCAGAUUAACUGCUGAUAUUGGUUGAUUGGUUUGUUUGACGCCGCACUUAGCAAUAUUCCAGUUAUAUGACGGCAGUCUGUAAAUAAUCAAGUCUGGACCAGACAAUCCA